AGCGGGAAUGGGGUUGUGUACAAGGUUGUCCUUGAAGACGGGUUAACUGUCGCUGUAAGGAGAUUGGGAGGAGGAGGAUCUCAAAGGUAUAAGGAGUUUCAGACAGAAGUUGAAGCCAUUGGAGAGCUGAGGCAUCCAAACAUUGUAAAUCUCAGAGCUUAUUAUUGGUCCGUGGAGGAGAAGCUUCUCAUCUAUGACUACAUACCUAAUGGAAGUCUUGCCAAUGCAAUCCACGGAAGGGUGGCAUUCAAGCCACUGUCUUGGCCGGUUAGAAUGAAGAUUAUCAAGGGAAUAGCAAGAGGGUUGGUCUAUCUUCAUCAGUUCAGCCCCAAGAAGUACGUUCAUGGAUCUUUCAAACCGAGCAAUAUUCUUCUCGGGCACGAUAUGGAGCCUCAUAUAUCUGAUUUUGGACUUGUCCGUCUCUCCAACAUCGCUGUAGGAUCCCCGACCUCAGAAUCAAACAGAGUGGUAACCGAUGAGCAAUCACAAGACCGAGCAUCCAAACUGGGAUCGUACUAUCAAGCGCCAGAAGCCAUGAAAGCAGUUAAACCGUCUCAGAAAUGGGAUGUUUACUCGUUCGGUGUGAUUUUACUCGAGAUGAUAACCGGAAGGUUACCGGUUGUUAGCGUGGGAAAUUCUGAAAUGGGUAUUGUUCAAUGGAUUCAGAUGUGUAUCGAGGAGAAGAAGGAGAUGGCGGAUAUAUUGGAUCGGUCUUUGGAGGAGGACAAUGCAGAGGAAGUGGAAGAGGAGAUCAUCUCAGUGUUGAAGAUAGCAAUGGCGUGCGUUAGUAGUAGCCCUGAGAAGAGGCCGACUAUGAAGCAUAUCUCUGAGGCUCUCAACCAAAUCGGUUUCCGACAGUGACUCUAAACCAAAACUGUUCCAACUUAAAAGUUUGUUGGAAGUGGUGGAAGUUUAUGUAACUUUAAAGUUUUCUUCGUGUGUUGUUUUGUCCCUUGCACCUGAUAUAUAUAUAUAUAUAUAUAUAUAUGCUUGCAUUCAUGCAUGUAUGUAUGUACAAGGUCUCUUUGAAAUAUGAUACAUAUACAUAUGUAUGUAUGUAUGUACAGGGUCUCUUUGAAACAUGAUGUAUGCAUGUUUACACA